AUGUACACUCUGCGGUUGUCGGGUCUGGCGGAUUUUUUGCGUGCUUGUCCUGGUUUGGUGGAACUCAUCGUUGCGAACGCAUCUCUCAUUCUCCCUGCCGUUGAUCAUCCUCCGGUCACGUUGAAACACCUGCAGAGGCUCAGUAUCGGAGAGAUGUGUAAUGAUGUUCUCAGCUGGUUUCUGGAACACAUCGAGACCCACAGUGCAUUAUCCACUCGAAUAUUCGGUCUUAAAUAUGAUCCCGACAAGCCCCUCCCCGACAUAGCACUUCUUAACGGCUCAACAUUGUUGCAUGUCGGAGCAUCUUCCUCUAUUCUGCUUGUCACCGCCGCGGAUUCUUCAUCUGGCGUUCGCAUCGAAUGCGAGAUACCACGGGCGCCCAUCCUGUAUAAGGGCCCCGGUGUAUUUCCUUGGGCGUCAUGGCCACUCGUUACUAUCACGGAGCUUCACAUCACCGAUUCCAGGGAGGUUUCAGAAUGCGCAGGUCUAUACGCCCUAUUCUGCGCGCUCUCGUCUCUGUCAAUAUUGGUAUACAACGGCGGAGGCAUUUUUCGCCUAAGGGGUGUUCUCAGUUCACUAUCCCGCACCCUCAGCACACCCACACCCCACCCGCCAUGCCCCUCUCUCAGCACAUUGUGGGUCCACAUGAAUUCAGAGUCGUACGCGGUUUGCGACGCACUUGCAGAAUUUGUCGCCACUCGAGCGGGCCUUGGAUAUCCUCUCCACAAUGUCAUCGUGGAAUACGAUGACCCGGACAUGUUGAACAAGGGCGUCCUGCCUGGUUUAGACCUGAUCAAGCACGUCCAGUCGGUCCAGUACAGACAGUCGAGCGGUGCGACAUCCACCGUGCGCUGGCCUGCGGCGGCGUGCAAUGGGGGUACGCACAAGUUCUGGCCAUCCUGGUAG